AUAUGUUAAGAACUUUUUUUAGGUGAACUUUUUUGUUCACUCAUAACUAGAAGCGUUUUCUUAGACAAAGCCGAAGUGAGAAGAGGAAAGAAAAGCUUUUCACUUUGGUUUCAUAGAAUCUUCAAAAGCCCAAAUCAGAGUGUUAGAGAGAGAGAGGGACUUAAAUUCUGGGGAUGAGCAGAGCAGAAGAAAGAGAAAGCUCAAACCCCCACGGCGGCGUUGCAGAAUAAUAAAGAUUUUAUAAACAGACAGCUUAAAUUCUUCUUUCUUUCUUUCUUCUCUUUUGUUUCUUCUUCUUACUUUCUCUCACUUCAACUACCUCACUACACACUUUUUGUUUUGUUCCGAGAGAGAAAUAGAUCUUGGAAAGCAUUGGAAUUUGGAUAGGAAGAGCAAGCAAUACCCACGAGUGAUAAUUAGAAGAAGACAAGAGCCUUAAGGAUUUCAUGGUAAUUAGGGUUUUUGUUGUAUGCAUACUAUUGGGUCAAGAUUAGGGUUUAAAGUGUUAGGUAUUAGAAAAUGGCUGGGAUGUUUUCAUUAGGAGGAAACAACAACAACAACAACGGAUACGAAGAAGAAGAAACUCAACAACAACAAAAUACGAAUUGGGCUUGGUAUAGAUCAAAUACAAACACCAAUAGUAUUAACCCAAGCUCGAGCCUAUGGCAGAUUCCACCAGAGCAGCAGCUUCUCAUGCAUCAUCAUCAGUCACAACCACAACACCAAAGCCUGGAUCUUUAUCCAGGUCAUCAGAUCGACGUCUGUGAUGUAGCCACAUCAUCAAGAUCCAUCACCAUAAGCUGUCGGGAUUGUGGGAACCAAGCCAAGAAAGAUUGCACUCACAUGCGUUGUAGGACUUGCUGUAAGAGCCGUGGCUUCGAUUGUUCCACUCACGUGAGGAGCACGUGGAUCCCCGUUGCCAGACGCCGUGAGAGACAGCAGCAGGUUCAUAUGUCCACAUCUGGAGGCAGCGGUUCCAGUGUCCCUAAACGUCAUAGGGAUGCUACUCUUCCGGGAACAUCCUCCUUUCGCUCGCCAUCCGACUCAGCAGGGUUAGAAAUGGGGGAGGCAAUUUUUCCGCCCGAAGUGAGCUCGGAUGCGCUUUUCCAGUGUGUAAAAAUGAGCGGCGUAGACGACGAAGAAGAUGAUGGUCAAUACGCUUAUCAAACGACCGUGAACAUCGGAGGUCAUCUCUUCAAAGGGAUUCUAUAUGACCAAGGCCCUGAAAGCAGCUACGUGAGUGGUGGUAGUGGCGGAAGCGAUCAUCAAAGCUCAUCUGCAGGUGGUGGAAAUCCAAUUAAUACUCCGGCAAUAGCUGGUGGUGGAGGAGGAUCGUCGACGAUGUUUGUAGAUCCUAAUUCGAGUGGUUACUAUUCCAGUAACAUGGCGACUAUGUUCGUGCCACCAGGUACGCAAUUCUAUCAAAACCCACCAAGAUCUUAAAUAAAUCAAGAACUCGAGUUUUUCUAAAAAAAAUAUUGAUUCUAUAUAUAUAAUGUGUUGUUUUGUGAUUUUUUUAUCAAUCAUAUACUACAUGGACGAUAUUGCAAAUCGGUUCACAUCUGCAUGUUUGUUUAUUUGUGUGUAAUGUAUGUGUUUAAUUUUAUAUUUCAAUUGUACGGUAAUGGAUAUUUUUUUAUAAAUGUUGAGUAUUCGUGGUUUAUGCAAACAUGUAAUUUUUUGGUUCUCGAUACGUUUUUUCUUCCAUGUUUAUGCCUAUGUUGCCGGUUGCUUCUCCCAUUGGA